UGUCCUCUGCCGUCAUUUCCUCCCCCUACCCUACAAAUAUCGCCCCCCACACAUCCUCUUCACCGCACACAAAUCGCCUCUCUUUAUUCUUCUUCUUCUUCUUCCUCCAAAAACCCUAAUCCAAGGAAUUCCAAUCGAAACCCUAACCCUAAAGAAAACUUCGUCAAUGGACUUCGAAUCCUCAUCGUCCUCCCUAAAGCACAAGAUCCGCUCCUCGGUCUGCUUCUCCUGCUGUUUCAGCUCUGGAUCCGAUCCAAGGCUCACGAUCUCCCCGAGAUCAAGGUCCGCCGAUUUCAGGUACGAUCCGCUAAGCUACGCGCUCAACUUCGAUGAAGGGAACGGCGACGACCUUGAAUUCGCCGACGAGGAGUUUCGGUGCCGGAACUUCUCGUCGAGGCUGCCGGCUUCGCCGCCGGAGACGCAGAGGGCGGUGGUCCCGGUGACUGUUGGUGUCGCCUGCAGUUAGAUGCAGUUGUAAGAUCUGCGUUGUGUGUGUACGUAUAUUUGUGAUUAUAAACUCUCUGUGCUUCUUUAAUCUUAAAGCGAGGUUGAAAAUUUUGUUAUUUGUUCUUACAUUUUGAGAGUGAAUUUUGAGGAUUGAUCAGAUUGAGAUGGAGAGAAAGAAAAAUUUUCUUUCCUAAUU